AUGUCGAACCCUAAUGAUUACACUAUCGGCUGGAUCAGCGCUAGUAAGGUCGAAUCUACGGCCGCAGCUGCUUUUCUAGACGAGGAACAUGACAAUCUUACUCACCAAGCUCGGGGUGACCAUAACAGCUAUAUCCUCGGUCGCAUUGGGCGGAACAACGUCGCCAUAGCUGUUUUACCGGAUGGAGAACCCGGAAUAGCGGCCGCGGCAGAUGUUGCCAACGAUAUGCUACAUACCUUCCGCAACAUUCGUAUUGGCGUUCUAGUUGGUAUCGGUGGUGGCGCACCAAGCUCCACGAACGAUAUCAGACUAGGCGAUGUCGUGGUCAGCUCUAAGGAUGACAAGCAAGGCGAACAUGGCGGUGUCUUCCAGUAUGACUAUGGAAGGACGAUUCAAGAUCAGGAAUUCCAUUACACGGGGUACUUAAACAGACCUCCUAGAGCGCUGAGGACAGCAGUAACAGCCAUCAGGACCAGGCAUGAGCUCCGGGGCUCUCAAAUCAGAGAAAAGGUCCAGGCUAUGCUUGCUGCUCACCCACGGCUUCAGCGCAGGUACCGACAGCCUGAUCCAUUGACCGACAGGCUAUACAGGUCAACUGUUGUGCACCAAGGCCAUGAUGUACAGGAUACAUGUUGGAAUACCUGUGGCAAUGGUCCCAACGUCCUAGUGCAACGGACUGAACGGACAGAUGCCCUAGGAGACUCGGUUAUCCAUUAUGGUUUAAUUGCUUCUGCAAACCAAGAAAUGAAUGACGCUGUCAUUAGAGACAGGCUUUCUGAACAAAAGGGGGUGUUGUGUUUCGAGAGGGAAGCAGCGGGUCUGAUGAAUAACUUUCCUUGUCUUGUUAUUCGUGGUAUAUGCGACUACGCAGAUACCCAUCCGAAUGACGACUGGAAAUACUAUGCAGCUGCAGCUGCAGCAGCGUAUGCGAAGGACCUUUUGUCUCAGGUGGUUCCAGAACAGGUUGAAGAUGAGAGACCUGUUGAACCUAGUACUGUCCUAACACACCCCAACCUGGAGAUACUCCCCAACCUGGGAACACUCUUCAACCUGGAGGUGGUUAUGAACCUGGCGAUGCACCCCAACCAGGAGACAACUCUCAGCCCGGAGGAGAUCAUCAGCCUGUAA